GUUCCUGCGGGUUUCCACUCUCCACGUCUUUUGACGGACACAGACUUACUGUGCACCAGCCAAGUUGAUGGCUACUUGAAUCAAAUUUGUACAAAAAGUUUUCCAUUUCCUCAAUCAUCACUUUUCUUCCAUUGAAGACUAAGUAUGAAGUUGUUCGAGAUUUCAUCAACUCUUCAUUUUCUUGCCGCCCUAGCCCUGGUAGUCCUUCAAGUUGGUUCCCAAGAUUUACCCCAAGACUUCUUAAACGCUCACAAUGCUGCUCGUAAAGAGGUUGGUGUUCCGUCCAUGACUUGGGACAACGUAUUGGAGGCCUAUGCACUGAAUUACUCUCAAGGAAAGAUUGACAAUUGCCAGCUAGUGCUUGCAGUAGGCCCUUCGGGUCAGAAUCUUGCUUGGGGCAACCGUGAUCUCUCAGGAACUUAUGCUGUCCAACUUUGGCUUGAUGAGAAGGAGGAUUAUGACUUGGACUCUGGUGUUUGCGCUACAGGCAGGGUAUGCGGUCAUUAUACUCAAGUAAUUUGGAUUAAUUCAACUCAACUUGGUUGUGCUAAAGUUAGAUGCAGAAAUAAUGGAACUUUUAUUGCUUGUUACUAUUACCCUCCUGGAAAUGUUGCUGCUAAGCGUCCGACUGAAGGGAUUGAAUCUGUUAUUGGAGUAGUCGCUCCGAGCCCUCAGAUUCAGUCCCGUGCUCCAAGCCCUCAGAAUCAGUCCCCCGAUGUUGAUCCUCCAAAUGUAAGCAAAAACAGGACAGGGUUAGUGAUAGGGUUGAGCAUAGGGGCAUCUGCGUUGAUUUUUAGCCUAUGUUUCACGACUUGGUUCAUUUCAAGACGGAAAAGGAAGAGAGAAAACGAAUUUGAUGAUCAUGUUUUCGAUAUGUUCUUUGGCGAUGAGUUGGGAAAUGGAAUGGGACCAAGGAGGUUUUCAUUGAAUGAACUGUCUAAAGUGACAAGUAACUUCAACGCUGAAAAUAAGUUGGGAGAGGGAGGGUUUGGCUCAGUUUAUAGAGGGUACCUGAGGCAUUCGGAUACCUACAUCGCUGUUAAAAAGGUUUCAAGGGCAUCUAAGCAAGGGAUUAAGGAAUACGCAUCCGAAGUGAAGAUAAUCAGCCUAUUAAGGCACAAGAAUUUAGUGAAGCUCAUCGGUUGGUGCCAUGAAAGAGGGGAACUAAUGCUUGUUUAUGAGUUCAUGGCCAAUGGCAGCUUAGAUUCCCAUCUUUUCAAAGGAAAAAGCUUGUUGACAUGGGAGGUGAGAUAUAGAAUUGUGAAAGACCUGGCAUCAGCAUUGCUAUAUUUACAUGAAGAAGGAGAUCAUUGCGUGCUACACAGGGACAUCAAAACUAGCAACAUCAUGUUGGAUUCUAGCUUCAAUGCUAAACUUGGAGACUUCGGGUUAGCUAGGCUAGUUGAUCAUGCAAAAGGGUUGAAGAAUACUCUUUUGGCAGGAACUGUGGGCUACAUGGCUCCUGAGUGUCUAUCUUCAGGGAAGGCCAGCAAGGAAUCAGAUGUCUACAGUUUUGGAGUUGUGGCACUGGAAAUUGCAAGUGGUAGAAGGUCGAUAGAACCCAAAUUUGAGGAGUCUGAGGCUUUAUUAUUAGUACCCUGGGUGUGGGAAUCAUAUGGAAAUGAAAGGAUUCUUGAUGUAGCAGACAGGAAAUUGGGUAUGGCAUUCGAUUCUAAACAAUUGGAAUGCUUGGUGAUGGUAGGAUUAUGGUGUGCCCAUCCAAGCCACAAUCUAAGACCGUCAAUAAGGCAAGUCAUUCAAGUUCUUAAUUUCGAGGCACCAUUGCCAAAUCUUCCAGGUAGCAUGCCUAUUCCCAAUUAUAAUGAUGUAUCUAUUACUCCUGGAAUUGGAUCGAGCGAGCCAGUUAUAUCUAAUAUUACUAUCACUAUCCCACGUUAGUUUGAUCGAUCUGCUAGUUUUUGCAAUCAAAUUUACAUCUCACAAACACUAAGAAAGUUUGUAGUUCAAUUUCUUUUAUUUGCAAUGAUAUUGGUGUAUAGAUUGACUAUUCCUUGUUCUCUUCUUGAAAAAUUUGUCCUGCACAACAGACAAGGGCCCUUUGUGAGUCAGUCUUUUCGGUUAGCUUCCAUUGACAGAGGCCACAAACAGGUUAAAAGCUUGAGCUUGGCUCAACUUGAUCAUGUUUUUAGAGCUCAAGCUCAUUA